CUCUCUUCAAAUUGAUGAAUUCGUUUUCCAGGCUAAAUCCCCGCCGGCCAAUCCAGUUAUCUCGUCUUCUUUACAACAUAUAUGUAUAGAAAUUUAUUCUUAUAACCGAUAAAGUAGCCGGAGAUAUCAGAUGUUCUCCGGCAGCUUAGCAACCAAUGCUCUUAGAGGACGAAAUUUCUUCCUUUCUCUCAUAAUCAAAGCCACUUCUCUUUCUCACCUCGAACAAACCCAUGCCCAGAUCAUCAUCAACGGCUAUCGCAAUGAUCUAUCAACAAUCACUAAACUCACCCACAAGCUCACUGAUUUCGGAGAGAUAGAUAAAGCGACCCUUGUCUGUUCUACUUUGCGUAAGCCUGAUCUUUUUCUUUAUAACGUUGUCAUCAGAGGCUUAUCUCGAAAUGGGUCUCCUUCUCGAGCUCUCUCUCUUUACUUCCAUCUCCGUCAAAAAACUUCUCUUUGGCCGGAUAAAUUCACUUACGCUUUCGUCGUACAAACGGCGGCAUCCUUGUCGGAGAAAGUGGCUUGCUUGCUUCAUUCUCAUGUGAUUGUUGAUGGGUUUGGGUCAGAUUUAUUUGUUGGUUCCGCAUUGGUUGAUAUGUACUUUAAGUUUUCUAAUGUUGGAGCUGCAUAUAAGGUGUUCGAUGAAAUUCUUGAACCAGAUACAGUCUUGUGGAAUACAAUGAUAUCUGGUUUGGUUAGGAACUGUUUCUUUAGCGAGUCAAUAAGGUGUUUUAGUCAAAUGAUUAAUAGAGGAAAUUGCUUUGAUUCGACCACAUUGACUGCUGUGUUACCUGCUCCAGCUGAGUUGCAGGAUUUGAAAGAAGGGAUGUUGAUUCAGUGUUUGGCUAUGAAGGUUGGGUUUCAUUCUCAUGCUUAUAUUCUCACUGGCCUGAUUUCUGUGUAUUCGAAAUGUGGAGACAUCUGGACAGCUAGAUCAUUGUUUGAGGAGUUACCCUUUCCAGACUUGAUAUCUUACAAUGCAAUGAUUUCUGGGUUUUCUAGUAAUGGUGAGACUCAAUCGUCGGUGAGACUGUUUAAACAAUUGCUUAAACUAGGACAUAGAGCGAAUUCAAGCACCAUUGUUGGCUUGAUUCCUGUCUUUUCCCCCUUUGGUAAUUUGGAUCUAACUCGUUCAAUACAUAGCUUCUCUUGGAAAGCUGGUAUAGUGUCAAAUCCUUCAGUAUCAACCGCAUUGACAACUGUGUAUAGUAGACUAAACGAAAUGGAAUCUGCAAGACAGAUUUUUGACGACUCUCAAGAUAAAACACUGGCUUCUUGGAAUGCCAUGAUAUCUGGCUAUGCUCAAAACGGACUAACAGAAAUGGCGAUUUCUCUCUUCAAGGAAAUGCAAACACUUGAAAUCCACCCGAAUCCUGUCACAAUUACUAGUAUUCUUUCUGCGUGUGCUCAACUUGGAGCUCUAAGUCUAGGAAAAUGGGUUCAUGAAUUGAUCGAAAAGGAGAAAUUCGGGUUCAACAUUUUCUUAUCAACCGCUUUAAUCGAUAUGUACGCCAAAUGUGGAAGUAUUGCCGAGUCUCGUCGAUUAUUCGAUGAUAUGCAGGAGAAGAACGCAGUUACUUGGAAUGCCAUGAUUUCUGCUUAUGGCCUACAUGGGCACGGUUAUGAAGCGUUAAGAUUGUUUUCUGAGAUGUUAGAUUCGAAAGUUUCACCCACUAGUGUUACGUUUCUCUCCCUUUUGUAUGCUUGCAGCCAUGCAGGCCUGGUAGCACAAGGGGAGGAGAUUUUCCAUAGAAUGAUUCAUGAUCAUAAUCUCGACCCCCUUCAUGAACAUUAUGCUUGUAUGGUUGACCUUUACGGUCGAGCUGGAAACUUGAAAAGGGCCUUGGAAUUUAUCGAAAGAAUGCCGGUUGAACCUAGUCCUGCUGAAUGGGGUUCGCUUCUUGCUUCUUGCAUGAUCCACAAGGACAGUAAUCUAGCGAACUUGGCAUCUCGAAAGUUGUUUGAGUUGGACCCAGAAAACGUCGGUUAUCAUGUUCUUCUCUCGAACAUAUACUCGGUUGAUAGAAACUAUUAUAAUGCUGCUUCUGUUCGGCAAGUCGUUAAGAGGAAGAAACUUUCAAAGACACCUGGAUGUACCUUAAUAGAGAUAAACGACGUCCCUCAUGUUUUUACAGCCAAUGACCAGUUUCACCCGCAAGCAGACGCCAUAAAUAAGAAACUUGAAGAAUUGAUGGGUGAAAUGAGGGAAGCUGGAUUUCAAACGGAAAUUGGAACGUCGUUGCAUGAUGUUGAAGACGAAGAGAAAGAGCUGACGAUGAAGGUUCAUAGCGAGAAGCUGGCAAUUGCGUUUGGUCUUAUUAGUUCAGAACCGGGAAAAGAGAUUAGGAUUAUCAAGAAUCUCCGUGUGUGUUUGGACUGCCAUAAUUUCACGAAAUUUGUGUCAAGGAUUACAGACAGAGUUGUUGUUGUAAGGGAUUCCACUCGGUUUCACCAUUUCAAAGAUGGCAUUUGUUCUUGUGGAGACUACUGGUGAAAUUGGUCUUCCAACUCGUCGUCAUCAAAUAAGAAAGAUAGUCUUAGCAGUCAUUUCUCAAGCGAAAAUUAAAACUACAGAAGCUUAGGAGUUGGGAACAUCGAGGAUUUACCACAAGUGCAGGUUUGUGAUACAAGAUUUCUCUUUUUGUUCCUUUCUGGUUUUAUGCUUUAAUGUGAAAAAUAGUUGCUAAUGAAUAGUCUGCAGUACUAAAACCAAAUACCUUUUACACUCUGAAUAAAUUUCUUGUGGACUUACAAA